AUGGAACUACCAACUGUACCCAACUGUAAAAACUCUAAAAAAACGUGCACACAGAGGAAAAGUCUUUACGACAGAAGAGAAAUGGUUGUUGGUAACGAAAUCACCGAUGCUUUAAACAGCGUAGGAUACGAUAAAAGAACAGUUUUGAGCGUGAAAAGUUUAUGGGAUAAUCUUUUAAAAACUGCAAAAAAAGAGGUUUGUGCAACAAAAAAAAUUCCAACUGGAGGAGGCCCAGCGCUUAUUUUAUUAGGAAUGAGCAAGAAAAUAUUAGCUAUAUACGGAGAAAAUUCUCCAAUAUUUUUAGGGUUGGAAGGUUUGGAAACCAAUGACAUUGAGGUCGUAUCCGAUAUAGAGAUUUCUGCCAUGCCAGUUGUGUUUGAUGCUACAAAUAGUGCAACUCCAAACACUGUAACUACAGAUGAAAAAAGUGACAACGAAAAUAACUUAGGACAAAUCAAACAUUCUAGUAAUCACGAAAAAUCUUCGUCAGAAACAAAGAAAAAAAGAACUCCGGGUCUACACUUGUCAACUGUAGAUUGUCAACUGUUUAAAAAAAAAUAUUAUUAUGGUUAAUUGUUCUCCAUGCUGUUUUGCUUUUGAGAUAUUCAAAUCAGCUACCAUUAACAAAUUAAUUUUUUUUUUAAACAAUAACAAAU